AUGUUAGAGAAGGCAGGAGAUGGAUAUAUGUUAGAGAAGGCAGAGGGUGAAGAUAUGUUAGAGAAGGCAGGAGAUGGAGAUGUGUUAGAGAAGGCAGAGGGUGAAGACAUGUUAGAGAAGGCUGGUGAUGAAGAUAUGUUAGAGAAGGCUGGUGAUGAAGAUAUGUUAGAGAAAGCAGAGGAUGAAGAUAUGUUAGAGAAGGCAGAGGGUAAAGAUAUGUUAGAGAAGGCUGGUGAUGAAGAUAUGUUAGAGAAGGCAGAGGAUGAAGAUAUGUUAGAGAAGGCAGGAGAUGGAUAUAUGUUAAAUAAGGCAGGAGAUGGAGAUAUGUUAGAGAAGGCAGGAGAUGGAGAUAUGUUAGAGAAGGCAGAAGAUGGAGAUGUGUUAGAGAAGGCAGGAAAUGGAGAUGUGUUAGAGAAGGCAGAGGAUGAAGGUAUGUUAGAGAAGGCAGAGGACAAAGGUAUGUUAGAGAAGGCAGGAGAUGGAGAUGUGUUAGAGAAGGCAGAGGGUAAAGAUAUGUUAGAGAAAACUGGUGAUGAAGAUAUGUUAGAGAAGGCAGAGGAUGAAGAUAUGUUAGAGAAGGCAGGUGAUGAAGAUAUGUUAGAGAAGGCAGAGGAUGAAUGUAUGUUAGAGAAGGCACGGGAUGAAGAUAUGUUAGAUGAAGGCAGGGGAUGA